UGAGCAGUGCCACACUACAUUUGCUUUUGGUGUAGAAGGCAUGAGCGAUGUGAUUGCAAAGAGGCGCAUUUUUAGUGAGGCACGCCAGAAGCUUAAGAACAUCCGAGCGGCUGUGGCUGCAGUGUCCUCACCGGAAGACCGAAAGAAACAAAACGCAAGGGCCAAGGCUCAACAGAACUGGGACUUUCUAAAACAUGCAUGUUCGGCCAUCGUGUCCUGUUCCAAAGAGACAAUCGCGGCCAGACGAGCUGUGACGGUCUUCAUGGAACAGUACAGUACAAGGAGUAUCACCUUGGAAGAGCGUCAGUACGAGGUGAGCCGACUGCAAACCCUGCUCGAGGCUUUGAACAAGAUGUCCUUGAACAAGAUGGCUUUGAACAAGAUGAUGCCGACGGAAGAGGAUUUGCGGGACCUUCCGGCAAGGGAAUCUGAAACUACCAUGCAGCAGCACAGCGUGAUUCAGGAAGUGAAUGAGGUCGCCUGCAAACUUCAAGCCGGUUGCUUGUCUGAAAGCAUUCCUGAUGUGGAAGCGAUGAUGAUGAAGCUUCACAAACUCCAAACGGAGUUCAAAACUUUGGAGGACCAAGGCACAGCCUUGCAAGCUAUGGAAGACGCAUUGGAUGGCGUCAAAGCCAUUCUAAAGAUUGCCAAGGCUGAGCGUGAUGCUUCCCCGAGAAACAAAGCAUCAUUGCAGGCAAAGCGCCAAGAGACCUGGAAAGCCGUACUGGCCGAUUUGAAGCCAGUGCCGGAAGAUGAACAUGCUCCAAAGGAAGAAGAACUUAUGGAGCCCGGGCAGCUUGAUAAGACCUCUCAGACGGGCUCCUUUGCAGAUGACUUAUCUGACUUAUCCAAGUCGGGGAUGUUGAUGAGGCAGCUCUUGCAGGUUGAGGAGGCGGAAGACAAGGGGUUGCCUGUGAUGGUAGACAAUUCAACCUUCGAGGUGCCUUAUUCAGAAAGAUGGGCAGAGGAACUGGCGAAGAUGAUGGCUGGCAAGGACCAAACGUUGUACUUCGUCCAAACAAAUGGCAGACAGGGCUCACCUGUCCCAUUUGUCGCUGGCGGUCAGCCCGGAGAGCUGCCCUUCAGCCCUACGAGAGACGACUUCCCCCUCGUCGUGUCCAAGAAAGCUGAGGCCCCAGCGCCAUGGUCAGCCUCCUCCACUGCCACCAGCCGGUCUAUAGUGAGCAAACUGACGUCGAGAUCCUCAGAGUUCAGUGACUCUGACAUCUCCUGGGCUCCCAUGGAAUCAAUUGGCCAUGAGAGACGCCCCAGCGAGGCGACCUCGGCCCGCCAGGCCUCCCGCCAGGCCUCCCGCCAGGCCGUCACACAGCAUUGGCCGCCAGAGCUCCCAGAGCUCCCCGAGAUGCCACGGCACGCUGCAUCACCAGAGCCAGAGCCGGCCAUGGAGAGGCGGGUGCCGCGGGCGCCACUGGUCCGGAGGGAAAAGAAGCGCUGUCCGCUAUGGCCGGCCAAGCGCCUGGAAAGAAGGUCCAUUGCCUCCAUCCAUAUGCACCGGGCUGGUGGUCGGUCGCUGGAGGCUGUGCUCUCCUGGCGUGAGCGCCAUGGACUCCGGGAGGAUCACACCUUACCGCGCCUCACUGACCUGUGGUCACAGUAUGCGAAGAUCCUUCCAGUUGAUGCUCAGAAGCCCUGUAUAUGCGUGAAUUGCUUACAGUCGACGGCCACCUUUGACGCAUCUCCUGAUCAAAGCACUUUUUCGAGCCAACACGCGAGGUUACGAUCCCGCUGCGCGGCGAAACGCUGGAACCUCUCGUGGCAAAUGCCAAGUGAGGUACUGUAAAUUAGCUGGGUUGAUCUCUACAUCCACACAUCCAAGCUGCGAGACCAAUGUUUCUUCUCGAC